GGCGACGUCGUUGUCAAAAAGUUCGAAUACAAGCGCGAAAUAUAAGUUUAAAAAACGAGAGGUUAUUUUUCUCGAAUUUUUUAAUCAUCGAGCUUUCUUGCGUUUUCAUUAAAUUCCCGUAUUUCUGCGAUGACACGAAAUAAACCUCCGACGCGAGCGCGAUGAAAAAAAACAACGAACGCGAAAUUUCCAAACGUUCAGCGAAGCGAGGAAACGAAGUGAAUCUUGCGAAAUCCGUCCAAGUCGAAUUCGAGAAAACCAAAACUGUACGCCGUUGGUAGCAAUGCACUACAAAUGUUUGCCAUUUAUUGCUCGUUGUCUUGAGACGCAGUAGACGCCUCCGAAACAUCCGUCUCGAGCCGCGAUCAACGAGCGUCUCGAUGUGGUUUUCUCGUGAUUACGAAGCACCUCGAAGCGAUUAUGGAAGCACUACUGCCGUCUGAGAUAGCUCGAUUAGUUCUUGGUUAUUUGGAAGAUCAAAAAUGUACUGAGGCAGCCAAAAUGUUUUUAGAAAAAUCACCACAUUUACAAGAAUGUCGUACAGUACUUUCUUGUGGUAGGAGAUUUAGCACCAGAGUUAAUGGUUUAACAUUUAUGGACAUUGUUGAAAAGUUUUCUGCCAUUAGCACCAUGAUUCAAGAGCGCUUGAAUAAAGUCACAGAUUGCGAGCAGUUGAAGCAUUGUGGAGAUCUGAUAGAGAAGCUCAAGUUCCUUGUAGAAGAGCCACGUGGCCAACGAUUUGUUGUAAAUAUAAAUGUACCUUCACAGAGUAACACACAAACAUCAAGUGGUUCACCUAUUACUGCAAGCCAUAUGCGUAAAAGGCAUAAUAGUGAGAGGCAUAACGAACGGAUUAAACGCUAUAUUAAAUCCCAAUUAAACUCAGUACAACAAUCUGACAUACUGAGUCCCCCAGCAAGUUGUCACAAUAUUGACACAAUUCCAUUGGAGAGUUUGCCUGGGAAUGAUCUAUUAAAACAAACAGAAUGCAGUAAUAUUUGUACAAAUGAGAAAAGGGAUGAUAAUAUUACACAGGAAUCUCAACAUCAAGAUAAAAAUACUAGUAUAAAUAAUAUUCCCACGUGUAAUAGGAACAAUAGUAUUCGUCUAAGUUCAGAUGAUGUCUCAAGUAUACGAAGUUGUGAAAUGGUUGAUAUCGAUGAUAAGAAAAAGGAAGAAAGUACCAUAAUUAAUAUGGUACCUAAACAUACUACAGCCACAAGUACACAGGAAUUGUUGAGUUUCUCUAGUACAGAGGUCCAAACUACUCUUCCUUAUGAGAUGUCAGAGUCAGAAUCUAAUGACGGACCUAUUAAUCUCAGUAUAUUAACAAAAGAACUCUUGAAUCGUAUAGAAUUACAAGAAUGUAUUGCGGAGAAUAUCAACAAAGCAAUCAUUCCUGCAGAUUUAUCUUUGAGGGAUGAGAACUUGAAUGAAUCAAUAGUUGGCGAGGGAAACACUUCGAUAUCCGAGCUAGAUAAUGCUAUUAAAUCGAUUGUUGAAGCAACAGAAACCGAUCCUGUAUUUGAAAAAUUUCUCGACGAAUGCAUUGGACCGCACAGACAGAUGCAGAUUGAGACUGAUACAUGCCCAGAGGAUGAUGGCGGAGAGCCAAGUCCAAGACCUCUUAAUGAAGUGCAAGAGAAACAAGUGGAAGUAGCUUUGGAUAAUGUUAGUUCACCAGAGCCAAUGAUAGUAGACACUAGGGUAUCUACAGAAACCGAUAUAGUGGAUGUUCCUCUGAAACACAGACUUCGCAGUUCUUCUAGACAGCAAUAUAACAGAACUGAUGAUGAAGUCGACAAAGUAAGAGAUCAAGAGAAGGAGCAGAGCGCUUUGGAGGAUCAAAAUGCAGCCGCAGUGUUGAGUAUCAUAAAUAUUAUUAAUAACACAUCUGAUGAUGAUAAAAAGAGUCUUGAUGAUGCGAAAGAACCGAUGGUCAUGAAUGAUAAUAACGGACAGAAGAUGCAAACAAUAUCUGCAAUAAAUAAAAACGACGCAGUUCUAAAGCAUCUUCCAGCAUCAACAGAUGUUCAAAAAACGAAUAAUGUUAUAUCAUCUGCGAAUAAUAAUGUACAACCUAAAAUUAAAAAGUCCACAGUUAAACGAUCAAAAUCGACGACAAAACAUAAACACGAUCAAGCAAUGAUCAGCGAUAAUCAGCUCAUGACUGAACGUGAAAUUAUGACGAUGCCGACAUUAAUAGUGUGUUCGAAAGACGAGGUGGAUAAUCUUUUGAUAAAUCGCUCGUCGACCAUUAAAUCAACUUCAAAUUCACGGUUUCUUCCGAUCGCUCCGAAAGAUCCAAACAGAAUUGAGAAAUCUGAAACUCUAUACUUAAAGACAGUAAAUGUAGCGCAGAAAGUACCGAUCAAAACGCUACCGACCAUAAUGGAGAAACCAGAUAAUCCCGCAAAUCAAGCGGAAUUAUUACAAUCGACCAAGAAAAACACCAAAGUGAACAAACGAUCGAAAACCGUACACGAAGCUGACGCGACGAUACCUGUCGCUGCUAAACAACAGAUAUUAGAUCAUUCGGUAGAACCACCAACAAUCUUACCAGCAGAAACUGGCAAGAUUGUUGGUGAAUCGAUAACGCUUUAUGGCAACGAAACCAACACGAAAACAUCGUUGGACGGUGCUAAUCUACCUAUGAUCAAUCUAGAAGAAAAUAUCAGCUUGUCGCAAAGUGGACUUUCUCCAUAUUUAAAGUUCAGUUGUAGCAAAACGAACCAGAGUCACAAUCUUUCGGAUAUUGAUAUAGCACCCAUGAUGGAAGACACGAGGAACAUGAAGACAGCGAGUAAUAGAAGCAACGUCGAACAACACUUGCCCAAAAGCACGGAUAUUAUUACUAAACGCACGCCAAAGUCUCUGUUACAAAGUAGAUCUAAAAAUCAUAGAUUAAGCUUGUCCACCCCGCGCAAACGAAACGGUCACGUGAGAGCACUUGAUUUUAGUACACCUACGAAAGCGAUAGGUUCUAGUAGGAAGGCAUCCGGAGACGGAAAUGUUCAACUUUCGUCCGCGUCGGCGAAGCGUUUGAAAUCCGUUUGCAGAACUUCGUUAUUCAGAUCGCCGUCGCUUUCGAAUACUGUUCAGAAGCAGAAGAGUCCGGUAAAGGUCUGUCAGUCUUCUUACAGGAUUCCGAUAGCCACUAGAAGUCCCGCGCCCAAACUCAUGGGCGGUUGGGAUAAAUGUAACGGUGUUGGUGUCAUCAUAGGCGAAGUAUCUCCGCAUGGAAGCACUAGCGCGUCCUGUUCGUCCUUUGAGGAUAGAGCCAUUCAACAUAAAUCGUCUAAAGCGUUGGUAGCGGAAAGUUGGGAUGCUGAUUUACGUAAAAGUGUACAAUUGGAUAAGAAGGAUGAGACUGAGAUUAAAAUGACCGCGAAGAAGAAACGAGAUGCCAUCAAUAAGAAGGAUGAUGCGAUGCGUAAAAGGAUUAAGUAUAAAUCACGCUCGCCAAAGAGCAAAAACAAGAAGAAGACCCGCAAUAAACCGGAAGUAAACGAAAAGUCUAAUUGCGACCCUGGAGAUAUCGAUGAACCGGAAGAGGAAAAUUUUCUUCGAGAAAACGUGAAAAUCGCAGUAACGGAGCCACGAAAUAACGAGAGAGAAAAUACAACAAAGGUUACUAUUAGUGCCGCAGAUUCCAUUACGAAUAAACCUGAUACAAUUUCUCGAUCGGCAGAUAUUAACGAUACACCGAUGAAAGUGGAUUCUAGUACAAACGCGUCCAACAGCGAUACAACAACUGAGAAGAAACCGGUGAAAAAAUACGCACAAUUGAAGACGAUAUCAACUAACUUAAGAAAGUCCGACAAUGAAAAUGAAAAGAACGCUCAAAGCAAUUUGCAGAUAUCCGAAAUAUCGAGAAUUUUAUCCGCGGAUAGCACGCAGCAUAUUUUACAGAUCCCACUUGACAUGAUCAGUUUGGAGACGCCUAGAAAAUUCGACAACAUAUCCGGUCCUCCACCGACACCGAGAGUGCUAAGUCCCGGUAGUCAUGCCAUCACGCCGUUCAUCAAGAUCAGCGAAGAUUCUAGCAAAGUACGUAACAGUUUUAUCACCACACCAGAAUUCCCGAUAACUCCAGGGGGAAUGGCUAUAACUCCGAAAGAAGAGACGACCAGGGAUAUCAUAAAAAGGGGAGAGUACAAUUCUCCAUACUACAAACCCUCUUCUGAACAAACUGAACAAGAUUCCGAUUUAUUAAAAUCUAAAAGCAUACAAGAGUCACCUAUUCUUUCUUCGUCACACAUAACAUUACAUUCGACGCACAAUAGUCUGACUUCUGGUAAUACUUAUCAAACGUGUACUACCUCUAAACUGGAGAUAACGCAAUUCGAAGUGAUCAAAGAGAAUUUACCGAGGGAGGAAGCUAUCAAGGAACUGAAAAUCGCAUCCAAAGAUCUAGGAAGCACAGGGAAACUCGACAAUUCCGUAGAUCGGCAUAUGAUACGAAGGAAUGAGUUUAAAGAUAUAAGUGAAUAUCGCGAAACAAUAAUCGAUGAUCAUUAUGUCGCGGAUUCCGCGGAGAAUCACAGUUUAUCCUCCGAUACCUCAUCAUCAUCGUCAUCAUCGUCUUCGUCAUCAUCCUCAUCGUCGUCCACGUCCACCAGUUCGAAUACGGACACCUCGGCAACGUGUUCGCCAAACUACGACAAAGUAAAGCCAAGUAAAGUGAGUUCAGACACCAGUAGCAAUUCCGCGGAGAAGGGCAUCGACGUGUCGAAAGAUGCAAAUCACGCGAAAGUUCCAAACGAUGUAACGUGUAAAGAAUUGGAUAUCUUAUUCGAGGAGGAGGCUUCGCCGACGAAAGUGUUCGCGAUCGUGAAAACUGACGACCAGAUAGAGGCAACGUUGAAGGAGACCCCAGCUAAGGACGAGACCCUCUUGAACGAGGCCGAUAUUUCGGAAACGCCUAGCAGUUCGAAAUGCGGAAUAGAGUCCCUCACCAACUUGUCGACAAAGAUAUCGGCAAUUAUGACAGAAGACGAGAAGCAAAUGAGGUCCAAUCUCAAGCCAAAGAAUAGUAAUAAAAUUCAAAUGUUAAACAAAUCGAGACUAAAGCCAAAGAUAACGAAUAUACAAUCUAUUCAACCAGGCUCAUCUGUCGUUGAGAAAAAAUCGGAUAAACACCGAUUCGAACACGAGCAAAACGUAUCUGUAAAUGUUAAACUCAUGCAUAGGCAACAACUAGAAGAGAAACGACAACGUAUGAUCGCAAAGAUUAAAGAUAAUCCAAAAUCGAAUCUCGCUAGUAAAGCGAAGCACAAGCGCAUUUUAAUCUCUGCCAAUGGUCUGAAGAAGAGUACUCGAUUUGGUAGAGGACAAAGAGGUACGCGACCAGCAGUAAAAUAUUCUCGUAAAAUGUGCGUUAAUGAAAAUGUCGAUAAGGAUUCGAAACCAUCGAAUAAUCUACAGGAAAAUUCGACAAUAAAUACGAUACAGAAAUGCAUGCCACAGAAUCUUAUAAAUAAAUGCGAUAAUGAAGAAGAGGUGAAGGAUCAAAUUGUUGGAUCGAAAAAUACAAAUCCUGAUAUAACGAAUUACAAAAAUAAUAGUAACGAACUAUUAUUCAAUAAUCAUACGACGAAACAAUCGUACAGAAAUAAUAUCUGCGACUCGACGCUACUUGAAAAUUUAAUUGAAAAUUGUAAUAAAAAAGAAGCCGUACAUAAAAAUUUGUCGUCGAAAGAUCAGAAGUGUACAAAGAAAAAAUCAGAUACUGAGGCAAAAACGACGGAAAAAAGUUGCGAUAUUAAGGAUAAUAUUACUAAGGAAGAAGAGAUAUUCAAAGAUAAUAACAUGCAUGUCAAAAUUUCGGAGAAAGAAAUGAAUCCUAAUGAGAAAUAUAUUACUGUACAAGAAAUUCCAGAUAAAAUAAAACCGGAAAUAUCUGAUCAAACGGAAGAUAAGAUGAAAUUGCCGAAACAAUUUUCAAAUCAUGUUGACAAGUCCGAAUGUAACAAGAUAUUAAGACACAAAGUGGAUCAAGUGAAACGUGAUUUAUUUAGCGACGAGGAAAAUGAUCACAGGACAUCUUUGGCCAGCGCAAGCACGAAAAAUAACAAAACUAAGAAAAUCGCUGAAACUCCAAACCUUGUUGAAGUUUCAAAUAAGAAAGCAAAUGUCGAGAACCCUAAACAGGAAUUAUCGACCGUUCUUCAAUGUCUGCAGUUGGUGCCAGCAUGCAAAAAUGAACACAAUGAUGAAAACCAAACUGGAAAGCAGGAUGAAGAAUUGGAUGAAUUUGAAAACCGAAUGAAUAGUGAAUCACAGGCAGCUAAUGUUAAUAAUUAUAAAGCCGAGUAUCACUUUGUAUACGACGACAGUACGCCGGUCAGGAAAAGAAGAAGGAGAUACAGCAGCCACGAGUUGCAGAUCGAGAUCAAUUAUGCCGAUCUUUCGGAUCCGAAUCCCACUGAAUGUAUUAAAAUAAUGAGAGCCACAGAGUUUGAGGAAAUAUUUAAUCUAUCGCCGAAAUCUAGGAAAGGAAGGCCAGUAACUAAGAAAUUAUCUGUCAAGAAUGUAAAAGGUUGCAAGACAAUCAAGGAGGAGUGUAUUUUAAAAAAUAGUACUGCGAAACCUUUGGCCACAUCAUCUCCUGUGGAGGAGGCAUCACGAAGUAAAAUGAAGAAAGUGAUUAUCAAGAGUGUCGCAACAAAUAAAAAUGAUAAUGAUGUGCAAGCUGAUUCAAAGAAAAAACAGCAAAAGCAUCAAGAAAAAGAUAUUAUCAAAAGUCGAAAAAGAAAACUAUCAGAAACAAAAGAAACGAAACAGGUUGAGAAGAAACCAUGCACAACUGAUCCGCAAAUAUUACUUAAUAAUUUGGAUGAUGCUCAUCUGAAUGAACUUUUAUGUGCAGUUCAUGGACCUGAAUAAGUGCUCUCUUUUAGUAUACUUUGGUAUACUUUAGUAUACUUUGGUAUCGGUCAGUAAUUCGUUCCUUGAGGUAAGAGGGGAAUAUACUCAGCAACAGUUGACCGAUGGCUUUAUUGACUCGAUUUGAUCACCGAAAUUACUAUAAGUUUGAGUUGAUAAAAAACAUAUGCAACAAAAAAAAUACAUAAAAUUUGAAAUAUUUUGAAAAAGUACA